AUCGCUUCAAUAAUUUAAUAUCACUUAAUCAUUUCAAUAAAUAUAACAGUUUGUUUAUAGUUUAAUAACAACAGAUCUAUUGGUGGUAGGAGAUAACAGGAGACGAGUAAGUGACAUGAGCUACAGGGGCAGCGUAGGCAACCUUGGCGACGGGAGCGGCGUAGGCAACCUUGGCGACGGGGGCAGCGUAGGCGACCUUCGCUACGGGGGCGGCGUAUGCUAUCUUGGCUACGGGGGCGGCGUAAGCGAUCUUGGCGGGUUCAGCGUGGACGGGGGUGCCCUCGUAGCGCACGUUGGCGUUGAAUCCGUGCUCCUUGUCGGCGGUGUACUCGACGAUGCGGUGCACACCGUCGGGCUGCACGAGAGAGUACGAGCCGUGCACGGCGUCGCCUUGACGCGCCUCCUGCUGCUGCUUCACGUCACCGCUGUGGUCAUCGUGCACGGAGUAUGAGAACUCGUAGUGAGCGGGCGCCUCAGGCUCGGCGUACACCACCUUGCUGACGGGGACAAGGGGCACGGCGUAGGCAGCUACGGCGAGGGAGAGGAUGAUUAUAACCUUGGACACCAUUUUGGAGUGUAGUUACUGAUACAGAUAUCAAUAUUGAACUGUAAUAAUGUAUGACUUGC